AUGAGGACCGAGAAGGCGCUGACCGACAAGAUAGCACCCGCGUGGAACGAGAAAAAGGGGCAGGGAGAGGAGAAGGCGCGGAGCGAAGGGAAGGCCAGUGGUGGGGAGAGAUUCCGAGGCAGAGAGAGGGUAUCUAAGGAGAAUGGGCGUGGUUCUACGAGGGGGCGGGGUGAGGGGCAGGCUCAAGAAGAACCGCUCUCCAAAGACCCGGGGAAAAGGCGGAUCGAUAAGGGGCGGGUCGAAGAACAAGGACAGCUACAGGAACGGGGGCGGGGCAAGGAAGGGAAGCCGACCCAGGAGCAAGCUCCAGGCGAGAAACAGGGGCGGGGACAGGGAAAGGGGCGGGGCGUGGAGAAAGUCUGGGCCCAGGAACCGGAGAAGGGAGACGCUAGAUACAGGACCCGGUACCAGGGCGUUGACCCCCUCUCCAGGUUCGAGUCACGUUGCACGCUGCCCCCCGCGAUGUACCCUGCUGGCCCUGCGUGGCCGAAACUCCGAAUCCUGCGGGCGCUGUGGGCAGUGCUGGCGGUGCUGUUGGCAUCGUGGAGGCUGUGGGCGAUGCAGGACGUCCAGGAGUGCACCUGGCAGGUUGUCCUGAACAAGUUCGAGACGGUAGGCAAGAAUGGCAUGAGCGACCGCUUCUUCGAUCAAGAGCCCCUGGAGACAGUGGACAGUGUGUUCAGCCCGCUGGUGGAUGUACCCACCGACCAGGGCGAGAAAUACCUGAGCUUCCCAUACUACCUGAAGAUCAACUACUCCUGCAAUGGAGAGGUGAGUGAGUGCAGCGGGGGUGAGCUCAUUCUGUGUGGCCCUCAGCUUCCCCAAAUCUGGUACCUCCUGGAGGGCAGCUACCGGAUGUACAAGCUGUUCCCGUCCAAAGCCUGGGAGGUGUACGUCAGCCUACAGGUGAUGCACCAGUCCUCCUUCUACACCCCCAGUGAGACCAUGGUCACCCUCUUCUACGAAGACCGCAAACUGUACCAGCUGGUGUACCUCAUGAACAACAAGCAGGGCCAGCUUGUCAAGAGGCUUGUGCCCGUGGAGCAGCUCCUGAUGUACCAGCAGCUCGGCAAUCACUACCUCUUGCAGCGGCAGGGGAACCACCUGACGCUCUCCUUCACCAACUUCUGCCCCUUCACCGUGAUGCGCCUGCGGGACCUGCCCAACCCGCAGAUCUACACGCGCCAGGAGCGCUACCGGGCGCACCCGCCGCGCGUGCUGGAGCCCUCGGGCUUCCACGACGAGAACUCGCUCGCCGUCUACCAGGGCCUCGUCUACUACCUGCUUUGUCUGCACUCCAAGUACCACAAGCCAUACGCGGACCCAGUGCACGACUCCACCUGGCGCUGGUGGAAGAACAAGAAACUGGACCAGGAUUACUACUUCUAUCUGGCUAGCAACUUGCAGAGCGCGAGUAACGUGUACAUUGACAUGGCCAGCUACGAGAAGAUCUACGACCUCAAGGCCAAGCACGAGCUGCCCGAGCGCAUCUUUCUGGACAAGGGCACCAGCUACGCCUUCUCCGUCUUCCUGACCGUCCGCGGGCACUCGUUCGAGUUCCAGCCGGAGCGCGUGCUCACCACCGUAGAGCUGCGCAGCAAAGUGGAUCUGGGCGUGGUGCUGGCCGACCCGGGCUGCAUCGAGGCGGUGGUGAAGCAGAAGGUCCUCAUUAAUCGCAACUCGGUGCUUUUCUGGGUUACGCUCAGUGAUAAAAGGUCUUGCUUUGAUCAGGGCCUUAGUGGACAUCACCUCAUGAAGACCUCCAUGUUGGUCAAGGUGGUGGGCGCAGUCGGGCACUGCUUCCAGAACACGCACGAGGGGCCCCGCAUGCAAGUAUUGAACCUUGGGGUAUCGGGCCCUGUGCUGGGAGGGAGGGGAUUGGGUUGA